CGGAGAGAAGGCGUGGUCACCUAGCUGCAGAGAUUGUUCGAGGGUAGAGCGAGGACUGCUAUCAUAGAUAUCAUCAUCAAAAUGAGUCGCUUUAGAAGCUGGAGAGCAAAGCAUAAAAAUAAGAUGCUUAAAGUUCCUUUGGAAUUUGAAUCAGAGGAAGAAAUGGACAGAGACCGCUGCGCAAGCGAGCCUCCGACACCAUCAUCACCUCCAAUUGUUGCUACCUCAGGCUCCGCUGAACAUAUUACUGGGGAAAACUAUAUGAUCCAUUUGAAACUUAUCUCUGGACAUAAUCUUGCUGUCAGGGACGUGACAGGAACAAGUGACCCUUAUGUUAAGCUCAAGCAUGGGAGAUACAAAGCUCGUAGCUCUGUAAUCUAUCGUAACCUCAAUCCUCAUUGGAUGGAAAAGUUCAUCUUUCAAACCAAAGAUCUGUCACUCCCUUUAAAUGUCAAAGUCUAUGACCAUGACAUUGUGUCUAGUGAUGAUUUCAUGGGCCAAGGGACUAUACAUUUGAACAAAUAUGAACAUAAUAAAGUGGAAGUGAUUACAUUAUCAUUAACUGAUCCAGUGGCUCCCGCUGAACAACUAGGUUAUUUACAGUUGGAAAUUAAAGUAUUAAACAUGACGUAUCAUGAGCAGCAUGCUUAUGAGCAACAAAAACUCCAGCAGUCUAAAAAAAAAAUUCAGUGUUGGAAUAGUAUAUUAACUGUGACUGUACUUGGUGCCACUGACUUGCCAGCUAUGGAUAGCAAUGGUUUUAGUGAUCCAUACUGUAAGUUUAAACUUGGUUCUCAAAAAUACAAAACCAAGGUUCAGCCUAAAACCCUUAAUCCGGAAUGGAAGGAAAAGUUUGACAUGAAGCUUUAUGAUGAUCAAUCGAAGCAAAGCUUAUUUAUUGAAGUAUGGGAUAGAGAUUUUCCAGCAGCUGAUGAUUUUAUUGGAGAGUGUUUAGUUGAGCUCUGUGAUUAUGAGCCAGAUGUUCAGCAUGAUUUGAGAUUACCUAUAGGAGAAUCAUCAGGAACGCUUCAUUUACUUCUUGUCAUCUCAGGAUUAUCUUGUAAAGAAGAAAGUGAUGUUUUGUCAGGGAAUCUGAUGAAGCAAGCCAAAAUUGAUUUUCAACUACAAAAUAUUGUGAAACUGUUGUCUGCAAAGGAAAUUGGUCUCCUUCACAUAACAAUUGAAAGAGGAGCUGAUCUUUGUAGCUAUAAUGAGAGAGACAUACGAUCAUUUGUAACUAUUGAAGUAGGGAAUGCUCAGUUAAGAACUCAUGCAGUUUCGUAUACAGCUGAUCCUAUUUGGAACAAAACAUUCUCAUUUCCUAUUAAAGAUAUUCAUGACAUAGUUCACAUUGAAGUAAUAAAUGAGAGAAAAGGCAAGGAAGAAUGGCUGGGCCAGCUAAUGAUACCACUACUCAAGUUGCAAGUUGGACAUAGCAAAACGUAUGUUUUGAAAGGAAAAUCUUGCUUGAAUCGAGCUCAUGGCACUAUCACUAUUAAUUGUGAUCUAGUAUACAACAUUGUUUGUGCUGGAUUGCAAACUUUUAAACCAAAAGAAGUACCAGUACUUGAAGAAGAGCCAAAAUUUCAGAGGAAGUUACUAUUAAGAAAUAUUCAUAAGGUCAUUGAAUUGAUUCACCCAGUUGUUCAGGUUCAUCAUUAUAUUCAAGAGUUGCUAUCAUGGCAGAAUCCAGUUCAGAGCUUAAUGGCUUUAAUGGUGUUUACUAUGGCAUGCUUAGUGGCCGAAAUUUGGAUCAUAUUCUUACUCCUUGCUGUUGUUUUUAUAAUGUACUAUGUUAAAGUCUAUAUCAAGCAUGAAAGCUCUUACUUUAAAGAGUCGUAUCAAAGAGUACAAGUAGAUGAUAAUUCAGAGAAUGAAUCUGACUUUUCUGAUUUAGAAGAUUAUUCUCAUACUAAAGAUCCAUCAGAGCAUGUAAAUUGGCGUCAACGUUUCCGGCAGUUUCAGGAUAUAUUGUUAACAUUACAGAUUAUGUCUGGUUAUGUAGUAGAUUUAUCCGAAAGAGUAAAAAAUUUGUUUCAUUGGACUGUGCCUUUUUUAUGCUGGAUGGCAAUAUUGAUUUGUUUUUUGGCAAUGGUUUUGACUUACUUUGUACCACUCCGUUACAUUAUACUUAUUUGGGGUUUGUACAAAAUGACUAAGAGACUGUGGAAGCAAAGACAAAUACCUAAUAAUGAAAUAUUAGAUUUUUUGUCGAGAGCACCCACUGAUCUUGAACUGUUGCAAUGGAAAGAAUUAGCAAGAAAGAACACUUAGGUGUGAAAGUCUGACUGUUAAUUUAUUGUGUAUGGUAAACAUGUGUAUAGCAAUUAGUUGUGACAUAACACUUAAAAUUA